AUGCAAGGCCAUGACAAGACAGGCGAGCUGGAGCUGGAGGAGGACCUCUGGCCUUGCCGCACCUUCAAGGCCCGGGAGUGGGCGCACUCCCUGCAGCAGACGCAGGGCACCCAUGAGGCCGGCGUUAAACGGCUCCUCCGCACCCUCAAGGAUGGGCGGACGCUGACGGAGCAGCCGUUGAGGCUCACAGCCCUGAAAGCGCUAACUCCGGCGGCCCUGGUGGGCCACCGUGGGGCUCUGGCGGCACAGGCCACUGCCGUGCUGGACCGCAACAAGGCCGUCCGCGAGUGUGCGCUGCAUGCCCUGUGGGACGCCGCAGGGCAGGAGCGCCCGGAAGAAGGCACGACGAAAAUUUCUCUGGGCCCCAUCUCCUACCAAUCUCAUGCUGUCUGCAAUAUUCUGUUCCUUUUUCAUGCAAGGUAG